CUCCACAUCCGGGUCCAGCAUCCACUUUGAGCCUGACUUCCUUCCCAAGCUGCUUCGAGACGUUGAUGAUUGAUUCGGAACCCUCUACCGUUGUGGGCUCUCGUGGAGGAGCCAGACCCGACAGGGCAUUAGCCGCGCCUACCGACUCGAUGGAUGUGACAGAGUCAGCCGAAGGAGAGGCUGGUCGCCUAUCCCUCGGGAACUCCAUGAGUUCCCCCUGCACGGCUAUAAGAGCUGUCUUGAUGAAGAGCAUUAAGUUCCAGACUUUGGUUCGCAGAUCUUUACUUUUAUCCGAAGUUUACGCGAAGGAGGUCCCCGGGGGAACAUUGCCGUUCCCUUCAAGUGAUAUCAUCUCACAACCGUUCGAGCUAUGGCACCAACAUGGAAAGGCGACAAAAUUGAUCUGCCAGCACCUUCUCCUUCUCGUGCUGGGCCAUCUCUGACUUCACCGAUCCGUGAUGACGGCCGAUCUCCUCGCUUACGCUCCUCGCCCAUCCUCCUUCACCCUUUGCCUCCCAGCUCCAAUCUGGAGCAGAUUGGACUGGCUCAAUCAGAGCUCGAGCUCGACAAGCAGAUCCGAGACCAUGAGCGUGAGAAAGCCCUUAGGGAAGCAUUACAAGACCAAGAAUGGGAAAUACAGCGUCUCAAAGCCAAAGAAGAGGUUGGCUCAAUGUCUACCCGUCGAGCCAACGCCGCCAAGUCUACCGAGAACAGAGUGACAAGAGGAUUCGAACGACCUCCUCAGGCAUACGAGCUCUACUCCGCGAUGGAUAGACAUGAUAUAGACUUUAUCAUGCGUGUCAGGGAUCACGCCUUUUCGCUCUUGCUGCAGAAGAGCGCCGGAGAAUUCCCUAUUGUUUACGCUUCAAGAUUAGGUGAUGGGCAUAGAGAUAUCGUCAUUCUCUUGGUCGGCGCCAUGUCUCGCUAUGUUAACAACCUUGAAGGCGCAGACUUUGAUAAGAAGGAGACGAGAAAUAUCCUCAAGGCACUGAGAUCAAAUCUCAAGCUGGCUAUUGAUCAAGCUCUCUUACCAGCCUCAUCCACCCCUUCCCUUCUCUCGUCUUACCUCCAAGUUCUGAUCAUGUCCGAAGGCGAUUCGUUCCUGUUUCGAACAAUAACCGACCUCUCGUUACUCCUUCGGGACCCCUCGUCUACCCCUGUCAAGGCUGCUGAGGAGACUGUUCGGUCCUUCUGUACCAAAGAGCUUCGAGGGGUUCAAGGUGGCGUCUCUGGCGUCGAAGAAUACAUUGCCAAUGCGUCUCUAGAUCUCAUCAUAAUGAGCGUCUGGAGUCUUGUGGCCGCUCAACUCGACGUCGAGAGAUUACCGACCUAUACAUUCGCCCGGGAUCUCAGGACUUGGUCUUUACUCAAGGAAUCGAGGGACAAGAACGAAUCCAAGUUGGUGAAGCUCAACGCUCGGACACGGUCACUGCUUGGCAAAAUCUAUGAACUGGGAGGCGAUACGCGCAAGAGCAUCCAGGGCAGAUUGAAAGACGUCAGAGAUAGCAUUGACCGUGGGUUUUGAGGAAAAUCCAGGGGUGUGAGGAAAGGGAAACCACGAGCCCGUUACCCCACCAAGCGUUCCGUCGAAAUGAACGCUCUACCGAAACAAGGCCAUGUCACGACAUCAGCGCCAG